AUGACUCUUAUCCUAGAAGCUUUUCGUAAUUACUUAGUUGAUAAGAGUCUGAUUUUCUCGGCUAUAGGAACUGAAUUACAACCUAUUCCCUAUUUCAAUGAAGUUGAUUUAGCGAAAUUACUUUAUAACGCAAAAACAAUCUUGGCAAAGGAAAGUUCUCUAUUGAAGUUAGAUGGACGUUAUUGUGUAGUUGGAGAUUUACAUGGAAAUCUACAUGAUUUACUUCAAAUUAUUGCUAAUCAAGGCUUACCGCCAAUUACCCAGUACCUUUUCUUGGGAGAUUACUCAGGAGCGGGCUCCAAUUCGGUUGAAGUUGUUGCCCUCGUCAUGGCUCUUAAGGUUAGCUUUCCUAGAGAUGUUUUUUUGUUGAAAGGUCAUCAAGAAUUAUCAAACAUCAAUGUUAAUACGAAAUUCCAUCAGGAAGUUACUAUUGAGUACUCAGAGGGACUUUGGAAUCUAUUCAAUGAAGUGUUUGAAGUACUUCCAUUAGCCGCUAUAAUAUCUAAUAACACUUUUUGCGUUCAUGGAGGUAUUGGACCAGACAUUACAAACCUUGAUUUGAUUUCAUCAUUGAAACGCCCCAACAACAACUCAGAAAUUGCAUCAACUUUAAUUUGGAGUGAACCAACCGAAAUGUCCAAAGAUUUCCUUCCCAAUCAAGGUCUCAAAGGAUAUCUUUACGGUGUCGAUGCAAUUCAGCAUUUCCUGAAGCAGAAUCAUCUCCAAAGAAUGAUAAGGUCUCAUGGGUUUGUCGAAAAGGGAAUUAACAGAUUCCAUGGUGCUAACUUAUAUACGAUAUUCUCGGCAUCAUGUUAUAGCAAAACUAACAACGAAAGCGGCUGUUUACUACUGCACGACGGAAUCAUUGAAGGUUUUACUUAUGAACCAAUCAAAAAAGCGUCAAGAAAUGAAGAAAACUAUACCAAUGUUGAGAAGACUUUCUUCAGACGCGUUGUCGAUUCAGAUAAGAAUGUAAAGUGUCGUAUCAGAAUCUCUAACUCACUGUCCAACCAUAGUUUCGUUUCAAGUUCUUCCAACCUUCCUCCUUUAAGAAGAACAACAAGCAUGUCGGAUUAA